AUGUGAAUGGAAUUCCAAACUAAUGUGACUGAGUUUUUUCUCAUGGGAUUUACUCAUGACCCACACCUCCAGAUUUUUCUCUUCCUGGUCUUUUUCAUUAUUUACCUAAUCACGCUGGUGGGGAACAUGGCGAUCAUGCUGGUGAUAAGAGUAGACCCUCACCUCCACACGCCCAUGUACUACUUCCUGUCCCAUUUGUCGUUUAUCGAUCUCUGCUACUCCUCUACGGUUGUCCCCAAGAUGUUGGCGAAUUUCCCCGCAAAGCACAAAACCAUUUCGGUCCACAGCUGCCUUGCCCAGAUGUUCUUCAUCCUCCUCUUAGCAGUGACGGAAAUUUUCCUCCUCUCCGCCAUGGCGUACGACCGGUACGCGGCCAUAUGUCACCCGUUGCGUUAUGUGGGGACCAUGAGCCCACGAGUCUGCAAACAGCUGGUAGGUGGCUCCUGGAUAAUGGGGCUCAUGUAUUCAUUGGUCAACACGGUCCCUGUGUUGAAGUUGCACUUUUGUGGGCCCAAUGAAAUCCGCCAUUUCAGCUGUGAGCUCCCUCCGCUCUUACACCUAUCUUGCUCUACGACCUUCACCAAUCAAGUCGCUCUUCUUUCUUCCGCGGUUAUAUUUGGUUUCAGCUCCUUCCUCCCCACCCUGGUCUCCUACAUCUUCAUCAUCUCCGCCAUCCUGCGGAUACAGUCUGCAGAGGGCCGCCGUAAAGCCUUCUCCACCUGCAGCUCUCACCUCAUUGUGGUGGGUUUAUUGCAUGGGACGGCGAUUUUCCAGUACACGAAACCCAGCUCGGUUUCUUCACUGGUUGUAGAGCAAUUUUUCUCCGUCCAGUACAGCAUCCUGACCCCUAUGUUAAACCCCAUCAUCUACAGCCUGAAAAACAAAGACGUGAAAAGAGCUGUGAGGAAAAUACUGGGUAGCAUCUAUAUUGUUGUACAGCCCCUGAUGCUGGUGUUCAGCCACACCUCCUAA